AUGACAGAGACAUUGAAUGUCCUAGUCAAUGACGUAUCAAGUGUAGGCGCUUACACACUUGAUCUGAUUGCGCCUCCGAAGUUGACUUCGGAGAUCACUCAGUUGCCAAAUCUCGAACAUAAAAGGUUCUUGCGUGAUCUGCGUAGUGGCAAAGUCAAGCAGAUCUGCAUACCCGUCGCUAACGACGAGUGUGUAGCCGACAUAAGGUCAGCAACAGUGUUCACUGAGAACGAGAGAGUUCUCAGUAGUUCAUCUAUGGACGAGAGUGUCCUAGAUGAAAAGACACGAGUGGAGCGAUAUGACUCCCAAUCGUGGGAAUCGCUCAAGACAAAUCCUCUCAAUGAAGAUUUGGUUAAAUUCAAGGAUGUAUUCCCUGAAACUGUUCCGUCCGAGUUACCGAAGGAUAAAGGUACUCGACACGAGGUCGAGCUUAAACCAGGCUCGAAGUACUGUGUCAUGAAGCAGUGGCCACUGCUUCGUGAACAAGUACUUGCGGUCGACUAG